GACUGCAGAACGAUGUCUUAUCAACAGCAACAGUGCAAGCAGCCCUGCCAGCCACCUCCUGUGUGCCCACCUAAGUGCCCUGAGCCUUGCCCCCCUCCCAAGUGCCCUGAACCCUGCCCACCUCCCAAGUGCCCUGAACCCUGCCCACCUCCCAAGUGCCCUGAACCCUGCCCACCUCAGCUGUGCCAGCAGAAAUGCCCUCCUGUGCAACCGCCUCCACCUUGCCAGCAGGAGUGCCCACCUAAGAGCAAGUAACAGCUUCAGGAUUCAUCAGGAGUAGGAAAGAAUAAGGACAAUUGGCUCACCUGGCUCCACUGCCCCACCUUAUCUUCUCUUCAAAGCCUAUCAUGGAUGCAGAAGUUAGACGGUGAUAAUUCCAACAGUGAAAGGUUUCCUUCUAGAGGCUGUAAUGCUGGUACUUCUCAGAAGGCACUUGGAAAGAGGUGAUCCUCAGCUGUGCUGUCCUCCCAGAGCUACAGAAGCAGGAGCAGCAAGCAACCUGGGAAUUGAAGACUCUCUCCAACGUCUUCUGUGUCUGUCUGUCACGUGGGCAGGAGUUUCUAUGAUCUGGGCAAUUGUUAUUUUUCUUUCACUUCCUGAUACCUGUAUUCUCUUUAACCACUGUUUGAUUGAUUUGAGGAUAGGAACUAGUCUUUUGGCGGUGAUCACAAUGUAGUAUGUGCAAAUGUUGAAUUAUAAUG